AUGCCAACAAAUUCAAUUAUAAUACCCGGUGAAGGAUAUUUGGAACCCGAUUGUGUGAAGUUGCUAGAUGAGCUUCUUGGUUUGAUCAAAUCUAUCAUUCCCGAGGGGGAAAGCAUCAAGGUAUCGAAAUUGCCUUUUUUCAAUAGAAUAAUCCUUGUGUUUUCACAGAUUCAAUAUGCUCAGCAGAUACAUGACUUAUUGCAGGAUGUUGGUAUUGAAAGUUUUUAUGCGUUACGAAAUAACGAGGUUGAUGAUCAAGAAUCGGAAUUAUUAAGUACCGGGAAGAUCGAAAAUAUUAGUGAAGUGGAGCCAGUGAACUCCAGAAUGCCAAUUAAAGGGAGAAAUAGAUUAGAACCACCACCAAACACAAUACAACUUAAAUCACCACCGGCAUCACCAUAUUUAGGGUGGGUUAAUGAAGCUGAGGACCCUCCUGACGAAAUGACAGUGACAGAUCCAAGAUCGUUAGCAGAUAUAUUAUACGAACCAUCUGAAUGCAAACCGGAUGAGUUGCGAAGGGUAUUCAGUAGAAGAGGAAGUAUAAACAGAUUCUCUGAUGAUGAAGAAUUAGAAGAUUUCGAUCUUGGGGAAGGCGAAAACGACGUUGAAAAUGUAACUGUAUACGGCAAAGAUCACAAUCUUUCCGCUGGAAAAAAGUCUCGAAACAUGAAGCCUAUUAAUAUAGGCACAAACCGAUCGGACAAGAAUAUUCCUGUGCUGAUGAUAGGGAAUGAGGAAGCAGAGCAUUUAAGGGCGGUGUCGAAAAAGUUGGAGAGUGCUAACCAUCAGGAGACAGAUUUAUGA